UUUACAUACCAGAAACAUUUUAAUGAAUCUUUGUAUAUAUAAACAUAACAUAAAACGCUUAGCUAGCUUUCAUUGAUGAAUACGGUUAAAAGAAAAUGUAGUGCUUAGUUAAUUGCGCUAAGUCGGCUGGAACUAAGACGAAAAUAAGAAACGGUAUCCUUUUUAACGAACAUCUUUAAACUUUCUUAAGUAUUUCAUCUUCUUAAACAUUAUGUGUGUCCUUUUUAAUUAAAUGAAUCAUUAGUUGACGCAUUCCGAAAGGAAAAAGGAGAAUAUUGGGUGUGCUUUUUUCUCACGAUCAAACAAUACACUUGCUAUGGCAAAAAUUAGAGAGAGCUAUCCGAGAUUGAUUUUUUACCAGUCAAAUUGCGAUGAUGUGUUAUUUUUUCAUCCAGACAAAGAGACAUCUUCAGAUGAUGACGAGCGACUUUAGAAUACUUUAAUCUGGAUUUUAAUACAGUGCGCAGACGACAGUUGUCAAGUAGUUGCUAAGAAUGGCAGUUGCGUCGUAAGAAUAUCACAAAGAAAUACAUGAUGGACACCCCAACAUUAUUUCUGGUGAUUCUGACGACCAUAUUGUCGGCAGCAGACGUUAAUUCCCAAAGACAACUAACAACAUAUCCGUGUCCUAAAGAGUGCGCGUGCUACCUUAGAAACAGUAACAAAAUCAUAGUCGAUGUUGUCUGCAAAGUGGAGGUUCUUAAUGCGCAAACAAAAUUCUCUAUCAUACAGACAAAUAUAACUAGUAAUUUAUACAUCACGUGCAAUUCUACAAAACCAUCAAGUCUUCCCGAUAACAUUUUCAUUGGACUACGUUCUUUCACUGGAAUUCGCAUUCGGAGUUGUCAAUUUCGGUACAUUCCCAGAAAUGCGUUCGCUGGAUUGACAGCUCUACAAGAAAUCUCAAUCGAAAAUGCCGACAGCUUACAAAUUCAUACAGAUGCUUUUGCAAACACGCCAUACCUUAGGAGAAUAUCAAUCGUUCAUAGUGGAUUACGUCAGUUGGCGAAAAUAUGCCGACUUCCUAUAUUACAGUUUCUGAACUUGACGGGAAAUAAUAUUGCUGAACUUAAUGAAAGUGGGAUAGCUUGUCCGGAAAGAAGAGUUAUGAAAUAUCUUAUUCAUGUUAUUCUAGCUGAAAAUGAAAUAAAGCAAGUUGAAUCAACAUUCGGAAGGUACAUUCCGAAUGUAUGGCAACUGUCCCUGUCCAAUAAUCUAAUUGGGUCCAUUCAAGCUGGUGCAUUCGAUUCACUUCCUCGAUUAGGAUGGCUUGAUCUUACAAACAACUCUCUUUCUAGACUUCCGAAUGAAAUGCUGAAGAACAAUACCAAUCUGAAACUUUUUGGUCUAGGUAAUAAUCCUUUAGGAACUCUUCCGAAUGGACUUUUCAGAUUCACGUCAUCGUUACAAGUUCUAGGACUUAUCGAUACAAACAUAAAUGGCGACAUUUGGCAGGAAUUACAGAACCUCAACAAUCUAACUGAGCUUCAACUUGGAAAGAACCAUAUCAAUCGAAUUGACCGAAGCGUUUUGCAAGCGCUAAAACAUAUCAAACAUUUGGAUUUGAGCGACAACAAAAUUCAAACCAUUGAAACGAACACAUUUAUCGGCCAAAGUGCAUUGGAAACGUUGUAUCUUACAAAUAAUGAAAUUUCUGAUGUUAAAAUUGCUGCUUUCCGAGGACUUGAAAGGUUAAGGAAAUUGGAUUUAUCAUAUAAUCAUAUACCGGAAAUUCCAGAAGAUAAUUUCAAGCAUACAUCGGAUAUUGUAUAUCUGAAUAUUUCCUAUAACAAACUUGAGAGUGUUCCAGAUUUACGUGGUAUGACAAAAAUGACAAUUUUGGAUUUGAGAGAUAAUCUCAUUACGAAGUUCAAGUCAUCAACGUUCGAAGGAUUAGAGAAACUGGAAGGAAUUAAUCUUAUUAGGAAUCGAAUCGAGUACAUCCAAAAUUACGUGUUCACGAAGGCGACAAAUUUACGAAUGUUACAGUUGUCACAUAAUAACAUUAGCGCUGUUGGUUAUGAUGCCUUCAAAGACAUGGCGUCUCUGUCCUGGAUUAGUCUGGACCAUAAUUACAUUGAAAACAUCGAUCUUGUGUUUACUCCUCUGCCAAAACUAUUUAAACUAGACCUGUCUUAUAAUGAGAUAAAUGAGAAAAUUCGUUCAGGGAUGUUCUCCCCUUCUGUCGGAUUUUUAAACUUGAAGGAAAACCGAAUAUCGAAUAUUGAUAUGUAUGCAUUUUAUGAAUAUCCAGAAUUGAAGGAAGUCAAUUUGCAAAAUAAUAAACUGAAAAGUUUGACCGAAAUGUCAUUGUCAGUUUCACCAAGAUUACUUAAACCGCCUGUUUUCCUAUUUGGAGGUAAUAAAUUCUUAUGCGAUUGUCGUCUGGCGUGGCUAAGAAAGCAUGUCAAUGAUUGGCCGUUAGAGGAGCAACAAUACGUUAUCGCAGAUAUGGCGUCAUUAACAUGCGAUGAAGGUUUUAAAAUGGAAACUGAAACUUUGUUAAAAAAUGUCGAUCCACACAUGAUGUUGUGCUCUUAUCGUGACGAUUGCAGGCGAGACACGUGUGUAUGUUGUGAGUAUCAUGGCUGUAUCUGUAGGUAUAUGUGCCCUGUACAAUGUACAUGUUAUCGCAAAGCAGGUGUUUCCAAUGAAAAUCACAUUAUUUGUUCAAAUGAAGACCUCAAAGACGUUCCGAGUCACAUUCCAAGUAUAGCAACGGAUUUGUACCUUGAUGGAAACAAUAUGACAGAUUUAUAUAGAGCUCGAAAUUCAUUCGUGCAACUUCAAAAUGUCAAAUCACUCUAUUUAAACAAUUCUAACUUGUAUUUUAUUGAGAGAGGAAGCUUUAUCGGUUUAAUGGAUCUCGUUUAUUUGUAUCUAAAUGACAACUAUUUGCAGAGAUUGAAAAAUGGCGUUUUCGAUGGGCUACAAUCAUUGACGUCUCUCUAUUUACAGAAUAAUAACAUUUAUUUUAUUUCUGAUAAUGUGUUUGCCAAGCUGCCAAGUCUUCGCUAUUUGUCAUUGGCAAAUAACAAGCUAUAUACGCUACCAGAAAGCUUAUUUCAAGUUCUUCCCGCUCUUUUCGAUGUCAGAAUGAGCGGAAAUCGAUGGAAAUGCGAUUGCGAUCAGACGCCACGUUUGCAGCGUCUAAUUACGUCGGAUAAUAUCAAUAUGUCUGACAGUCACCACGUAUGGUGCGAGCAGAUAAAAGAAAAUGAGAGAAAAGAACUCGAAAUUCUUUCCAUUAAAUUGUACGAACUCUGUCCCGGAAAUUAUACGCCACCAGAUUCUCUGUCGGCGAUAAGAAGCAGACAAUAUUUGAUAUCGAUUGUUGCAAUUGCUUUGACUUUAUUUAUCAUAUUUCUCGCUUGCAUAAUACUUUGCAUGAGUAGAGAAUUUUUACAGGUGGUUUUCUAUUCAAAAUGUGGAUUUCGUAUGUGCCAUGAUGGUGGGGAAGAGAGCAAAAUUUAUGACGCAUAUAUUUCAUACAGCCGAAAAGAUGAACAGUUCGUUUUUCAAGAAAUCGUAAGCAAAUUGGAAGGGGAACCGUAUAGGUACAAGUUGUGCGUCCACUUCCGAGAAUUUCCCAUCAUGCAAACUAUAGGCGAAACCAUUUACCGAUCAAUCGAAGGCAGUCGGAGAACAAUCGUAGUUUUAUCGGACAAUUUAUUAAAUAAUGAAUGGAGAAACACAGAGUUUCAGAUAGCUCAUCAAAGUGCUUUGAAAAACAAUGCCCAGAAUUUAAUUAUAAUUCAGAAGGGCUAUUUAGACAAAAGACUGUACGGUCCUGGUCUGAAAUUAUGUUUAAACAGUAAAGUUUACCUGAAGAGUACAGAUCCUUGGUUUUUAGAAAAACUAUACUUUGCCAUGCCCGAACGUCCUCGGAUAAGACGUAAAAGACGGUCGUUGAAGCUGAGGAUCGACACUUCAGCAGUAAAUACCGUUUCCGGUGUAAUGCAGGACGACGAGGGGUACGAGACCCCAGUAUCUGUGGCUAGUUUCGACCCAUCAAAAAGAUUUUCUGAAAACUUUUCAUUACACAGCGUAAAUCUUUACGAAGAAAUUGACACUCUUCCAAAAAAGAAAAUGUUGUUGUAAUUUUUGUAUAUUUUUUUAUAUUUGUACGUAACGUUAAAUAUUGUGAUUUUAAUUUUCAUUCCAAAUGUGCCAAUUUAUUUUUUGCAGUACUCUGUCUUCAAUUCAAUGUUAUAGACUUGUGUAUUAAAAUGUCUGAAAUAUA